GCUGAAUGAUUUAUUUUAUUACUUAAAGACGUAAAAUAGCCGAUUUAAAAUCGAUCAUCGGAACCUUUGAAAGUUUUAGAAGAUUUUUAACAGACGGACCGCCCGGUGUCACACCAUCAACUGUCCGUCAGGCUUAUCCGGGCUAAACAUCGCUCAAGCGAGUGCGCUGAAUUWGUGUUUUUGUAGCCGUGGUUUGAAAACUGUUCAUGGACUGCAUGGAGCAGACAAACACAAAUGCAGAACCUCCGUCUUUUAUCGACAGGUACUUCACACGGUGGUACAGAGCAGAUAUGAAGGGGAAACCGUGUGAAGACCACUGCAUCCUUCAACAUUCAAACAGACUUUGUGUCGUCACCUUAGCAGAGACCCACCCGAUCAUUCAGAAAGGAUUACCAAUCAAAAACAUCAAUUACCAGAUCAGUAACGGCUGCAGUCGCCUGACUAAUAAAGUGUCUGGGAAGUCCAAGCGGGGAGGGCAGUUUCUUACUGAUUUUGCACCUUUGUGUCGGAUCACAUGCUCAGACGAAAAAGAGUACACGAUCUACAGUUGCAUCCGGGGACGUCUUCUGGAGGUCAACGAGAAUAUUUUGGAAACUCCAAAUCUCCUGCUAGAAAAGCCAUCUACUGAAGGAUAUAUUGCUGUCAUUCUGCCUAAGUUUGAAGAAAGCAAGACCAUAACAAAAAACCUCCUGACUCAAGAGGAGUUUGAGAAGAUAGUCUCUGAACGUCACCAGACCCCCAACCCUCCUGAUGAGGCUUCUGYUGACUUCCAAGUAUCAACUGUUGAUGACUGAAACCUUUGUGGGAUAAAACCACUCCAGAAAGACUUAAAAAAAAAACUGUUUCUUCAGGAUAUUUUUGGUUUUGUUGAAAGAUUCAGUAUGUUUUCAGCUUUUACAUGCUUUAUUUUUUUCUGUUGCCAAUUUGAAGGAAAGUAUGAAAACAUAUGUUUUAUUAUUUAAAAUAAAAAAUAAAAAAACAA